GGGAGGCCUCGGAGCCGGUGUUUGAGGACGCGGACACUCGGGCCUUCUACGAGUCGCUGCCGGAGGUUCGCGAGCUGGUUCCCUCGGUUCUGUUGUUCGGUGACAAGGGCGGCAAGGGGGCGGAGGCAGAGCAGGCGGCGGACGGCAAGGAGAAGGACAAGACGGAGGGGGACCCCGCUGCUGGAGGGGCCGUGGAGGGAGCUUCAGCUUCAGUGCUUGGGCAGGGAGGUGAGCCGACAACGGAGGCGGCGGCUGCAGCGGGGCCCUCUGGUGGCGACGGCGAGGGCGAAGCAGCGGGGGCAGCAGCUGCUGACGGCGACGGCGCCGCUACCGCCGGCGGUGACGGAGGUGCUGGAGGCGGAGGUGGCGGCGGUGCGGGUGCCUUGGAGCCUAUCCUGGCUCGUCUGGGUUCGUGCGUCAGUCGAGACCUGGCAGACGAGCUGGCUAUCAACUUCUGUUACGUCAACAGCAAGGGAAACCGCAAACGCCUGAUCCGGGCCCUGGUGGACGUGCCCCGCUCCUCGCUGCAGCUGGUGCCCUUCUUCGCGCGCAUCGUGGCGGUGCUGGCUCAGGUCUUCCCGGAUGUGCCGCAGGGCGUCCUCUCCGCCCUGGAUGUCUCCUUCACGCAGCUCCUACGUCGCAAGGACCCCACCCUCACCGCCGCCUCCCUGGAGCCCCGACUGCGUACCGCACGCUACCUUGCAGAGCUAGCCAAGUUCCGGCUGCUCCCCCCCGGCGCCUUCUUCUCCGCGCUGAAGCAGCUGCUGGAUGACUUCACGGGGCACAACAUCGACUGCGCGUGUGCGCUGGUGGAGGGGGCGGGGCGGUUCAUGUACAGAUGUCAGGAGACACGGACCCGCAUGGAGAACAUGAUGGAGGUGAUGAUGCGACUGAAGAACGCCCGCAACCUGGACCCCCGCCAUGCCGCGCUGGUGGAGUCCGCCUACUUCGCCGUCAAGCCGCCCAGCAAGGACGCCGCGCGCAGACGCAAGCGGCCGCCCACCCAUGAGUUCAUCCGCCACCUCAUCUUCACGCAGCUCACGGAGGCGUCCAUUCCCUUCGUGCUGCGCAAGCUGCUCAAGCUGACCUGGGGGGAGUACGAGGGGUUCGUGGUCAAGUGCCUGCUCAAGGUGGUCCGCGGCCGCUACUCCAACAUCCCGCUGGUGUCCUGCCUGGCUGCCGGUCUGGCGCAGUACCAUGACAGCUGCGGAGUGGCGCUGGUGGACUGCGUGAUGGAGGACAUACGGGCGGGGCUGGAGGCGCCGGGGGCAGGCAUGUACCAGAAGCGCAUGGCUGACGUACGGCUGCUGGGCGAGCUGUACAACUACAUGCUGUGCAACUCCACCCCGGUGUUCGAGAGCCUCUACCUGCUGCUCACUUUCGGACACGAGAGCCCCGAGCUGGCGGACAGGCUGGACCCGCCGGAUGACUUCUUCCGUGUGCGCCUGGUGUGCGCGCUGUUGGAUGCAUGCGGGCAGUACUUUAAUGAGGGAGCCGCACGAGCGCGCCUCGACCGCUUCCUCACAUUCUUCCAGGCCUACAUACUGUCCAAGGCGGCGCUGCCUCUUGACGUGGAGUUCGACCUGCAGGACGUGCUGCAUGCGUUACGGCCCUCCCUGAAGCGCUACGAGUCGUACGAAGAGGCGCUGGCGGCCGUUCAAGAUAUCAUUGCUCGGGAAGUGGAGCAGUUUGGGGCGCCGUUGGGGACGAUUGGGGAGGAGGAGGGCGAGGAGGACGAGCGAAGAGGCGGAGGGGGAGGCGGAGGGCGGGAAGGAAGCCGAGGCGACGGCGGCGUCGACGGUAGUGCCGGUCUUGGCAACGGCGAUGGCGGCGGAAGUGACACCGAGACGGACGCGGCAGGGAGGCAGGAGGACGCGAGGAGCCUGGAUGAAAUGAGCGGCCGCAGCAGCGGAGAUGAGCGGGACGAGUUGGAUGAGGACUUCGAGCGGGAGUGGCAGGCCAUGAUGGGGGAGACGCAGAGCCGGCUGGGUGGGCUAUCGCUUGCGCCCUCGAGACCCGCUGCUGCGCCCGUGGCUGGGGCUGCGGCGGCUAGCGGUGGUGGCGGUGGUGGUGCUGCUGGGGGCGGGGGCGGUGAGGCUGAGGGCGGCGGUGGUGACGGUGGCAGUGUCACUCUGCGUAUGUUGGUGAAGCGAGGGGGCAAGGACGACCGCUCCAGGGAGCUGCAGGUUCCCCUGAGUGCCUCCGUGGCCCUGGCUGUACGGCAACGGGAGGAGGAAGAGGCGCGGGAGCGGGAGGAGAUGAAGCGUCUCGUGCUGGCUGCUAACAGGCAGCAGCAGGAGGAGCAAGCGGCCGCAGCCGCGCAGCAGCAAUUCAGCAGCAGGAGCGGCGGCAAACGCGGCGGUUCACGACAUUCAAAGUACACGGGGCAGCUGGACAUGUCGGUUCUAGACGAGCUGGAUCCAACUCCCUCGUACGACGCAACGUACGACAGAGGUGGCGGUUUGGCGGGACAGCAGCAGGCUGCG